AUGAUGGAAGGUUCCAUCCCUUCGUCCUCCAGCCUCUCCACUCCCACUCCUACUCCUACUACUUCUUCCUCCUCGCCCGCCGCCCCUCCCGUCUUUCGUCCUCGCAGGUCUGAGGACUGGAACAAAUACCGAGCCACCAUUGAAACUCUGUAUCGCGAUGAUCAACUAAAGUUAAGAGAUGUCAAAAGAAUUAUGGAGCGUGACCAUAAAUUCGUUGCCUCCGAAAAACAAUACAAAGAUCGACUGGCAGCGUGGAACAUCCGCAAAAAUAUCAAAGCCAAAGAAGUCAACGUUAUGAUCCGCAAGCAAGCAAAAAGGGCUGCCAGAGGCAAGCAAACCGUCUUUCGAGUGGCUGGCCAGAAAGUCGACACCAAACGCAUUGCUCGCUUCCAACGUAGAUACCAAAAUGGAACGUCUUGGGAUGCUGGCCACGAGACCCCCGGCCGUCCUGUUGAACCUCACCGAGAGAGUCCAGAGCCAGCAACACCAUCAGAUAUGAGUUAUUACACGCCAGAGCCAGAUGAGAGAGCAACAACACUAUCUCCUCAUCCCGAUUCACAUUCACAGCAUUUCGAUACCCUAGAUUCAAUCCAAGAUUCAGAACAAGACGAUACAAACUCGAUGACCCUCAGCCCAUCGACCACCACCGGUACCAGCACCUAUCCAUACAAUUUCCCGGACGAGGAGUACUCUGUGUCUGAGGAAGGCGCCUUGUCGAGGUUUCAGAAACGUCUCAUGCUGCUAAAUGAAAAACUCGAGCAUGACACGGCACACCUUUUCCCGAUUGAAGAGCCAACCAGAUACUCAUCGAAACCCGACAACACCUUUCUAUCUUGA